AUGCUUCUCGACCAUAACGGCGCCAACUGCCCAGCUCGUGGCAUCGGCGAUCUCAGGGAUAAGUUGCACGCUUGUUUGCAGUAUCGUCGCGAGUGGUGUUGGGCAACAAGCGUAGCCUUGGUCGCCAACUACUACAAGCCCGACCUGAUCAAAAUUGUUGAUGACAACUGCAGGGGCCUGGAAUGUGAAAUCGUUGGAUCCCUGAACCAUCGAGAUUGUUGCAGCAAUAAAGACGCAUGUGCGGAUAUAAACGGCACUGCGGGCGACAUAACAAUAGCUCUACAUCGCUUCAGCGACCAGCGUUUUAGAGUUUGGUGGUCGAGUCUUUCGCAAGAGCGCUUGCAACAGAUCUUGAUCGAUGGCAAUCCCGUUGUCAUCGCGAUUGAUUGGAACACCGGAGGCGGUCAUGUCAUGCUCAUUGGUGGGACAAACGGUCAGGGUGUUUUCUACCUGCAUGAUCCUAUGAACAUCGAAGGCGAAGGAUCUUUUCAGUCCUUAGCAUACGCUGAUAUUAUUGCGUACAGGCCCCCGUACAACAAGCAGCAGACUGGAACGUGGCACGAAACUUACGCCCUUGCAGAGUACGGUUCGUGCACGAUGCCCCAAUCUGAUGAAGAGUGGCAGCGCUAUUGCGAGGCAGCGAAUCCCAAGGCUUGGGCUUUUAGGGAUGAUUGCGCAAUUUACUAUUUUUGGUGGGGCUCUAGUCGCCCAGCCGAGGACGCACUGAACGGGUGCGGCAGCAACUGUCACUUGUACGAUCUCAAUGGCAAACAGUGCUGA